AUGAUGGAAUACGAUACUAUGAUGGAUGGUGACUUCAAGGAGGAUUUUGGACCCAAGAUUCAGGUGUCGGCAGCUGACCGAUAUCACGUUGAUUUCGAACUGAGUAGCGUCGACAUAUCUCUCGCGAACUCCCUCCGACGCGUCAUGCAUGCCGAAGUCCCAACAAUUGCCAUUGACCUCGUCGAAAUUGAAGCCAACACAUCCGUCCUUGCCGACGAAUUCAUCAGCCAUCGCCUCGGCUUGAUUCCUCUAAACUCCAGCGAAAUUGAUAAUCUGUCCUACUCACGGGAUUGCGACUGCGAACAAAACUGCGAAAGAUGCAGUGUGACCCUCUCCCUACACGCAAAGUGCACGAGCGACGAAGUAAUGAAGGUAUAUGCUAGUGAUUUAGUUGUUGGGUUUAACAGACCUAAUAGCGAGAUUGGCAACCCUGUCAUCACAGACCCUGAUGGACUCGGUUCUUUAAUAUGCAAGCUGCGCAAGGGCCAGGAGCUAAAGCUCAACUGUAUCGCGAAAAAGGGUAUCGCAAAAGAACAUGCUAAGUGGUCUCCUACCUCUGCCAUCGGCUUCGAAUACGACCCACAUAACAAGCUCCAUCAUCUGGAUUUGUGGUUCGAGACAGAUGCUGAGACUGAGUGGCCAAAGUCGAAGUAUGCCGAUAUUGAGGAGCCGGCUGCUGAGGGCCAACCCUUCGACUAUGAUGCUGUCCCGUCGCGAUUCUACUUUGAGGUUGAGGGUAUUGGAAACAUCCAAUCUGAUGCGAUCAUCUUGGAAGGUGUUAAGGAGUUGCAGCGCAAGCUUGCCGGCCUGAUCCACGGACUUGGAGAAAGCGAAGGCAUGAAUGGCGAAUACGAUGGCCCUCGUAGCCCUGAUGCAAUGGAUACCGGCGCAGGCUAUCUAGAGCAGGGCUACAGCACCCCUUACGGUAAUCCCGGGGCUGCUAGUGCUUGGGGAGGUGGAGCUACGGCGUACGGAACGACACCUUACGGUAACUCUGGUUCUAAUGGAUGGAGCUAA